GUAGCCAGUCUCAGGCAUGGCAGACUCAAGCUCCUUCGUCUUCAGAGCAUUCACAGCUUCUUCUUCUUCUUCUUCUUCUUUUUCACAUGGAACCGUUGAUGUCAAAGCCAAAAGCUGUCGUCGUACAGUCAAAGUGAAAGGUCGUAGCGGUUGCUCUUGCGCGGCUAACACCAAUAUUUCCUCUGCAACGACCCCGUUUUCCAACCCCUUCCCGUCAUCGAUUCCUUCAUAUACUCCAGAAAAAAUGGUUGAAUCGGAAAGCUCAGAGCGGGCAGAGAAUUCAGGCAAAGAUACUGAACCCAAUCAGCAACCAACCCAGAAAGAGAACGAGAAGGUUUCGCUAAUGGAAGAAAAUUCUGAACCGGCUUCAUGUCCAGAUUUACCACUGAUACCCAUUUCGCGAAUUCUGAAAGGCAUCCCUCAGUGUCCUCAUUUUCUUCAACUUCGGAGCUACUCUGAAGUGGCGAAGAAGAAUUUGAUGGCUGGGUGGGAUCGAGCAUUCGAAGAAACAGUCGAAGAAAUCCUUUCUCUGACGGCAAAGGAUUUCUGGGCUGAAGCCAGCAAUCUGUGGAAGAGUAUGGAGGACCUUCAGGGUUUGGGGUACAAUGUGUUUCGGCUGAGGAGAAGAUUGGUGGAGUUAACGGAGGUGAUGGAGGAGCAGAAGCUGUCGAAAUUGAAGAUUGGGCGAUUGAGGAGCAAGGCCGAAUUUCAUAGAAUGGAGAAGUGCAGGCUGGAGAGUGUGAUUUUGGGCCUGCAGCAACGGACCCAGAGAGAGCAGGCUGCAAUGGUGGAAAUGCUGAAAGGGGUGGCAAGGAUGGAAAAUUGCUUGCCCAAAUUUCAUGGUGCGUUUGCUUUGUUAGCUAUGGAACCCAUGUAAAUGGGUUUUCGAGAGUCUCUCUUUUUGCAAGAGGCUUGGGGGCUAGUACUUUUUUGGAGGCUAAAUAAUAUAUUGUA